UGUCCGUGUUUCUCUCUGUGUGUUUAAUAAUGGCUGCAAUCUUAAGUACACCAGCCUAUCUCAAACCUACUCAAUCGAACAUCAAAUCCUUUAAAACCCAUAAACGUUUAAUAUGUUGUUGUUCAUCACUUAAACAGACCAAUCUCCAUAUAUCUACUACUACUACAACUACUUCUAAUAAGUAUAAUUCCUCCAUUAGGUUCCCAAAGUUUGUUUUUUGGGCUGCUGCAUCUGAAGAAGCUAUAGAUAUCACUAGCCAUGUCGAAGAAACUCAAACCCAGAAACUUUUAGAGAAUGAAAUUUUGGAGGAUGAAUCAACUCAAACAAGUAAUAAUCAAAUUCCUGAUACUGAAGAAAAAUUACCUUCAACUGUUUCAGAGUCGCUAAGGUUAUAUAAAGAAGCUUUGGCAAGUAAUGAUGUGCCUGGGAUUGCUGAAAUAGAGGCCUGCCUUCAAUCUCUGUAUGAUGAGAAAAAGGUUUUGGAAAAUAAAAUAGCUGCAUUGUCUAUAGAAGUGGCAUUGGAAAAGGAUCGGAGACUUAGGAUAAAUGCAGAUUUUUAUAACUUUCGGAAGAGGGUGGAGAGAGAACGGCUCUCACUGGUGACUAACAUGCGGGAGGAAGUGGUGGAAAGUUUGUUACCUGUGCUGGAUAACUUCGAGAGAGUUAACUCCGAAAUCAAAGUGGAGACUGACGGUGAAAAAAAGAUUAAUAACAGCUAUCAGAGCAUUUUCAAACAGUAUCUUGAGAUAUUAGGAUCUUUAGGCGUUGUCCCUGUGGAUGCAGCUGGGAACCCCUAUGAGCCUACGGCAAAAUACCAAGUGGAGUCUAAACUUAAUCGGCUACUUGAAGAUUUUUUCCGAGCACUCGGUCGAGUACGCUCUGGUUUCAUGAAGACAUGGAUACAGUUUUAGGUCGAGCCUCCUUCCAGAAGAAAAAAAAAAGGAUGGACUUCAGACGGCUUGGUAAUUUUACUUCAGUGAGAAACUCGUACAUAUGUAAAUAGCUCUCUGUGCAUUAUUCUGGACAGCUUACACAGCCCAAAACCGAAUAUAUUCCUCUAAUUUUGUAACAAAAACCUGGUAAUGGAACUGAUGUUACUGAAAUCUGGUUUCAGCUUCUUGUUCGACUCGGAAUCAACUAUACAAUAUCACUACUUUACAUC